GAAAGGUCAUCCUCUGAGUGCGACGCGUGUGUUGGAACUGCUCCGCGUGAAAGAAGAGAAGGUCACUUACAACAAUUGUUGUUGUCUGUGGAAUUUCAAAUACAAAAAGAACACAGUACUACAAGAAGCAGAUGAAUGCAGAGUACGACAAGGUGUGCUGAUGGCUUCUGUUUACACUGGGAUCUAUUUGAGGCUAAAGGGAUCAAAAACACCAUGGAAAGACAAGUUGAAGCUGGCUCACUUUGCCUGGAUUUCCCCCUUGUGCUUCUUGCCCAACAAAGAACAGGUACUUUUGGACUGGGUGAGCUACUCUUUAUCUGGAUAUUACAGCCGGAAGCUAGACUUGGAACAGGACGUAAUUGAAGGACUGUGGACAUACUUGGAAGAUAUGCUUUAUAGCAGUAAGCUGCAAAAUCUCCUCUUCAAAAAAGGAAAAACGGUUACUCUUCGUUUUACAUUAGCGCAGGCAAUAAAUGAAAGUCUGUCUGUUUGUGCAUCCUCUUCAGCUCCUUUGUACAUAUCCAAUGUUUUGAGCUGCUGCAAGAAUAUACUCUCCUCUCCUGUGCUAUCUAUUGUGUAUACUGCAAAGAUUCAACUAAUGGUAGAUCUUCUAAGUAAACUUACUAUUUUGGCAUGUUCUGAUUUGAAACAUCAACAUGUGGCUUUAAACGUUAAUUUGUUUGAAGUCCUUUUACUCAUCUUCAACAAGUUCCAGAUUUUGCUGAAGCAGCAGACAAAUCCAAAUCGCACUUUUGGACUGGUCACUUCUCAGUUAUUGCAACCUUGUUUACUAUUGAGGUAUCUUUUGACAUCAAGAAAAUGGACAACAGACGAUGACACAACAUUACAGCACCAUCUCAGCAAAAAGAUUUGUAGUGAAAUUUUUGCAUUGUUACAGUAUGGAAUUUUUUCUUUUGAGCAUCUCCCAUCAUUCAAAAAAGAGUUUCAGCUAAUACAAACCGAAGCUCCUAAAGAAAAGAAUAGCACUACUUCAAAGAAUUUGCUAAAUCCUUUAAGUGUAAUACUACAAAAAAUCACAGAUGACCAAUUUUCUGAUCAGUCACUUCAUUUUUCUGUGAGAACUAGUUCUGUUCCACUGCUUUACAAAAUGUCCUUGGAGUCCUUCUGUGUAAAUGAAGAAAACCAUAUUUUAUUAUUUCAUAUUCUUGCUAGAUUCAUUCUAAGCAUGGGGCUCUCACAUGGUAGUACAAAGACGCUUAGUGGUGUAGAGUGGAGUCAAGCUCUUCUAGCCCUAGAGAGCCUAUUAAAUUCAGCAUUGACCUGUGAUAUUUACAAUGUAGCUGUGGACAGGCUGCAGCAUAAAGAAACACAAUUCCACUUUUAUACAGAGAUAGCACAGCAACUGCUCAAACAUCCACAACCCGAUUGUCCAGCGUGGUACAGGUGUCUAAAAACAUUUGUUUUACUCAAUCAUUUAAUUGUCGAGCCUAGUCUAAAUGAACUUUUAUAUUCAGGAUGGAUCAGUGUUGAUUGUAUAGAUGGUCAAGUGAAAAAUGCCCAAGAUGAUCUGCUUUGCACUCUGUUCCAGACAUAUGCCAAACUGCGGCAGUUGACAAACAUUUUUGAAGUGGUCAUUUUAUUAAUCUGCCUACCUUUACCUAAUGAACCAAAGCAGCUUCUCUUCUCAGAUUUUUUUUUAAAGAAACUUUGUGAAUGUAUUUUUGAGCUACCUACAAAUCAGGUCCUAGAUAUCUGUAACUUAAUGCUCCAAAAAUGUAAGAUCUCUCUUAUUCCUCAUUUGGAAGGAAACAAGAGCAUAGCUUUGAAAUUAUUCUUGAUUAGCUCCAUGUUGCAUUCUGUAUUGUUCAGUAUGAAAAGCCUUGACAAUACAACUCCACUUCCACUAGUUCAACGAACUAAUGAUCUCCUGAGAAGAAUGUUUGAUGAUAGUAUUAGACCUUUGAUGUUACUUUUACAAACAAAUAAUGUGUCUAAAAAAAAAUGGUUUAAGAAAGUUUAUGAAGCCAUGCUGCUUUUAUUGUACACACGGACAGAGAUUAUUACAGUAUUCCAGAUGCACUGUGUAAAGUUUGCAUCCCUAUUUGACCCCUAUGAAAAAUCCAAAGAGUCUGCCAACGUGUCUUGCAAUUUUUUUUCUGAUAUGCCAACAGAGACUUCUUUAUGCCUCUUCAGAGCUGCACAACAUUGUGGACCAAUGAUCCAACUGUUGUUAGAACUUUUAACUAUUCACAAAAUUAAGCAAAAUCUUUUACAUGUGGAAACUAGAAAUAAUAGUGAAAUCCUGCUGAAAACACAGGAAGCAGUUACUUUUGUAGUCAAAUCUGGAGGCAGCAGUUUAAAACUGAAGAAUAAUAAUGAACUAUGGAAGAAUAAUAAUGAACUAUGGUGUAGGCAGAUCAGCAAUGUGGAUGCUAAUACUUUUCCUGCUGCUCACUGGUUAUUGGUAGUCUCCAACUUGUCAUUGAUUUCUCCAUUUCUUUCCAGAGAAGAUCUAAUUGAUACAGCUGAUGUUUUGUUAAAUACUGUACUGUUUAAUGAUCCUUCAAUUGAUACUCAGUAUGGAGAUUUAGAUCUUUCAGUUCCUUUAAUUUCUAAGCAAUUUCUUGCAAGUGGGCAGCUCAUUGAAAUGCCAGCACUACAUUCAGCAUUCAUCGGUUGCCUCAUUAAGAGAUUUCAUAGUUUACUUGGAGUAAAGACAAACCCAGUGCUUCAAUGUUUAACUGAUAAAGAACUAAAAUGGUCCACGUUCCAGAAAUACAUUAAAGAUGAUACAGGGAUGACAGGCGAAAUAGAGGAACUCUGGAAAACACUGGAGAUGGCAGCUCAGGAGAUACAGAGAUUAUUUGGUACUGGUUUCAGGUUAACUCUACCAGAUAAACAUCUUGCCACAUUUGUGCACUUACUACAGAUGACUGCAUCCAUAAAUCCUGACGGGAUGACUUCUGCAGAUCAUAGCCGUUGUUUUCUCAUCCUUCUGUUUAUUGUUCUAAGUGUUGAGCCCAGCUAUAAAGGCAUGGUUGCUGAUACUAUAAAAAUACUAAGCAAUGCCUAUACAUGUUUAACUUUCUUGCUGGCUGGGAGGAACAUUAAUUCCAUUUUCCGGAUAAUGCAUGCUAGUGAUAUUUUGGAAAUGGUGAUGACAUCUGUUUUUUCACUGGUCAGUUGCAGCUUUUUUGCUAGUGAUGAUUAUAUGCAAGUGUUUGAUUUUUUUCAUAAAGUUCAGAACUUUUUAAGUGAAAUGUUAAAUAUAGUUAUUGAACGAAAGUCGAGCAUUCAAAUGAACAUGGAAAAAAUUGCUGCAUUUCUAUUAAACUGUGAAACAGCAUCAAAAUUGACCUCUGGUGAACAUCUGGAUAAUCUGAAGCCGGCUGCUUCACGGUUUCUUUUGAUUAUACUGACAACUGUCUCCCAAGUAGUAAAUUCACACUUCUCUCUCUUGAAUAAAAACUCUCCAAUAGCUGAAACUUUCAUUUGUCUGCAUGAAAAGAUUGCCCUUGUACAUGCACCAGUCAUUGAGUCUUUUGUGAAAAUUGUGCACUGCCACAAACAAGAUCAAGUUUUGGUGAUUGAUUCAGUGACAGGACUUAUUGAAGCAGAGCGGAACUGUUUAUCCCACAAAGCUACAGCAAAAAGCAGCAAACCCUUGACUACUCUUCAAUAUUCAAGUCUGUAUGAAAGCUACAAUCAACACAUUUUGAAAGAGCUAUGUUCUUCAGAACAGCCUUUAGAAUUCAUAAGAUCAGCAUUGAGUUUCAUGAAAGCAUUUUACUUAGCAAAUAUAGAACAUAGUGAAGAAGAAAUGGAUGCUGUAAUUAUUUCAUAUCUACAGAAUUUGAAAGAGUUGCUUUCUGCUCCAUGGAUUACUUUAAGUUCUGUUGAAAACUUGGAAGUGCACUUGAAAGAGUUGAUUACUGUGUUAACAGAAAACUGCAGCGCCAGUCAAUUUUAUGUCAUACUGCACAUGAUCAUUGAAGAUCUUGACGUUGGUAACAUAUGGAAACAGAGCCACAGGAUUGUAUGGUCAGGAGUGACACUGACCAGGUUACUUGUUAGCUGUCCUCUUGCAGAAGGUAAUUCAAAAGUCUUCUGGCGUACAGUUCCCCAAUUGCUGACUGCUCUAGUUUUUUUGAUCAAGGAGUCUAGCAGAGAUCUUAGCCUGAUAUCUAAUAUAACAGUGCCAGCACUGGUGACAGUUAGCAAUCUGCUGCGACAAGGAGAAGGAAGGCUUCGUAAUCCACACAGUGUAACCCAGGCAUUUCCUGCACUUAUUCUUGUGCCUUUGGAUAACGUCACUACAGAGGAAUACUAUAAUGUGUUUCAUGCCAUUCAUGAAGUACUGUUUUCUGUUAUACACUGUCAUCCCAAGGUGAUGCUUAAAGCUGCUUCAUCAUUUCUUAACUGUUUCUACCGCCUGGUAGUUUCUGUUAUUAAUGAAGGUCAGCAGAAUAAUGAAGGAAAGAAAGAGACUUCACAUAUGCUUGAAGUAAUCGUGAAAUGUGCACGCUUGGUACAAAGGAUGUAUACACAUAUCGCUUCCAGAAUUGAGGAGUUCACAGUUCUUUCUUCUUUCAUUGUGGCUCAGUAUGUCAGCAGUCUACAAAAGGUCACACUGCAUCCUGAAGUGAAAAAUUACCUGACUGAAGGAAUAUACCAUAUUCUUGAUCUUUGCAUUGGACCAGAUAUCAAGUUUCUGAAUGCAACCUUAAGUGCAGGUGUGAAGGAAGUCUUUAGAAAUCUGUAUAACGAUUAUACUAAUUGUCAUAAAAGUCAAAGACAGGGUGAAGACAGAUACACAGCAUGACAUUUCUGAAAAUGUUUGAACUGUUAAACCAAAAUUAAACUGGAGAAAUCCUUGUUUACUUUUAUGAUUUUUAUAUAGUGGUUAAUAAAGCUUUUUUUUGUGAUUUUUAUACACCUUUAUAAUAAUUCUGUCAUAUUUCUUUAGAUCAUGUUAGGAUUUCUGCCUGUAUGUUUGAAGAAUAUAAUAAAAUGUAAUUUCCAGACU